GAGAGUACCAGCAGCAACAGUUUUUGAUGCAAAGAAACCAGCAAUACCGUGAACAGCAAAAACAAAUGAUGGCGGCGCACAGUUCGCAUGAUGCGACUCCAACGAUGGGAACGAACGACAAUUCGCCCAUGGGGCUCAGGGAGCCAAAACCAAGGUUGUUGGCUCAGUCACCAUCCUCUGCCCUGUCACGGAGGGCUCAAUGGACGAAUGAUGACCCAAUUCAACAACAACAGCCAAUGGGAGCUCAGCAGUUUCCUCACCACUCUCAUGCGUUGUCCUCCCCGGGGGUAGUACGGCGUGCCAUGGAAAAUAUAGAGGACCCUCCAGCGCAGUCCUCGGAUCGUCUUCCGGCUACACAGCAGGCAAAACGUCCAGACGCUCCUGACAGUUCAAAGGUGACCGAAAUUUAUGGAGAGCAGGGAAUAUCCAUGCAAUUUACCCGUGGAUCAGGAGAUUUUUCCCAAACCCCUACUCCGUCGGACUCAUACGUCUCAGAAGACAAUGAAGAAGCAAAGAAGGAUGAGCAAUCCAUGCAAUACGUCCCUGCACCCUCCAGUGAUAUCGAGAGUGAAAUUGACAACAAUAAAAUGGCUCGUUUGGCACUGGACUGA